UAGGGCUUCUCGCUAUGGUAUACUCAAAUAAGUAGUUCUCAUCGAGCUUAUAUUGUUUUGGAAUCUAUCUUAAUUGAUUGAGUUCGUGUGUGUAUAUUAACUUUAUUAAGAGAGUGAGAGAAAGAGAGAAAAGAGAGACUAUGGGGGUGUUUUUGAGAAGGGGCUGGAUAGUGGCGUGUGUGUUUAUGUUACUGAUGUCGAUUCAAGUGUUGGGAAAAUUAUCUAGCAUAGAUGAUCAUGCCAAAGGCAAAAACCGACAUCACAAUAACAAAAGAGACGGUGCUGGUGGAGGUGGAGGUGGAGGUGCUGGAGGUAGUAUUGGAGCAGGAGGUGGUGUUGGCGGUGGUAUUGGAGUUGGAGGAGGCAUAGGUGGUGGUGGUAGUGCUGGUGGAGGAGGUGGUAUUGGAUCCGGAGGAGGAGUUGGAAGUGGCAGUACUGGUGGUAGUGGAGGAAGCUGUGCUGGUGGUCAUGGUGGUGGUGGACAUGGUAGUGUUGGUGGUGGACGUGGUAGUGGUGGUGGUGGUGCUGGUGCUGGUGGAGGUGUAGGUGGAGGUGGUGGCGUAGGAGUUGGAGGGGGAUUUGGUGGUGGUGUAGGUGGAGGCGCUGGUGGAGGUGGAGGCGCUGGUGGAGGUGGAGGCGGCAAUGUUGGUGCAGGAGGACGUGGUGGUGGACGGGGUAGUGGAGGAUCUGGUGGUGCUGCAGGUGGAAGUAUUGGCGGUGGAGGUGGUGUUGGAGGAGGUGUUGGUGGUUCAGUUGGAGGUGGUGCUGGAGGAGGUGUUGGUGGUUCGGUUGGAGGUGGUGGUGGUGCCGGAGGUGGAGUAGGUGGUGGUGCUGCAGGUGGAAGUAUUGGCGGUGGAGGUGGUGUUGGAGGAGGUGUUGGUGGUUCAGUUGGAGGUGGUGCUGGAGGAGGUGUUGGUGGUUCGGUUGGAGGUGGUGGUGGUGGUGGUGUCGGAGGUGGAGUAGGUGGUGGUGCUGGAGGUGGAGUAGGUGCUGGUGCUGGUGGCUUUGGUGGAGGUGGUGUUGGAGGUGGUGUUGGAGGUGGAGCAGGUGGCUUUGGUGGAGGUGGUGCUGGAGGUGCAGUAGGUGGUGGUGCAAGUGGUGGUGCUGGAGGUGCAGUAGGUGGUGGUGCAAGUGGUGGUGCUGGAGGUGGUGUUGGAGGUGGAGUAGGUGGUGGUGCUGGAGGUGGAGGUGGUGUUGGAGGUGGAGUAGGUGGUGGUGUUGGAGGUGGUGCUGGUGGUGCUAUAGGAGGGGGUGUUGGCGGAGGUACAGGUGGCAGUAUUGGUGGAGGAGGUCGUGGUGGUGGACGUGGUAGCGGAGGAGCUGGCGGUAGUGUAGGAGCUGGAGGAGGAAUUGGUGGUGGAGUUGGUGGAGGAGGCCGUGGUAGCGGUGGAGCUGGCGGUGGAGGAGGACUUGGUGGUGGUGGUGCUGGCGGUGGUGUAGGAGCAGGAGGAGGAGUUGGCGGUGGUGCCGGUGGUGGAGUUGGAGGUGGUGCAGGUGGCAGAGUAGGCGCUGGUGGUAGUGCCAGUGGUGGAGUUGGAGGUGGUGCAGGUGGUGGAGGCGGUCUUGGCAGUGGUGUUGGAGGUGGUGGAGGUGGAGGACUUGGCGGCGGUGGUGGUAUAGGUGGUGGUGGAGUAGUGGGAGGUGGUGUAGGAGGCGGAGCUGGGGGAGGGGUUGGAGCAGGAGGAGGAGCUGGGGGAGGAGUUGGAGCAGGAGCAGGAGCUGGUGGUGGUGGUCUAGGGGGUGGAGGAGGAGUCAGCGGUGGUGUAGGAGGCGGAGCAAAUGUUGGUGUAGGAGUUGGAGCUGGAGGCGGUGCAGGAGGAGGUAACCGAAGACAUUAAGUUGGAAAGGGUAGUGAGCGUUAACAAUUUGGUACUCCAUGCACGUACUUCUAUGCAUGUUUAAUAUUAGUAAUGAAUAAAACAAGCCUGUAAAGGAAAUCGACUGAUGUAGUCCUUUCGACUUGGCAAUGGAUCAAAAGCAUAUAUAUAGACUAGUCCACUUAUCGAUAA